CAACAAUCAGCUUCUCACGUUCUACACACACAAGCGAGCACCAGAAUCACCGCUGCUCAAGAGGGCUGCAAUUUAACUCGCACUAUGGUCUCCACGCGCCGCAGCGGCCAGCGGCAGGAGACCACUCCUGAGCCGCAGCAUCAAGUACAGGAUUCGCCCGGCCCCAGCGGCACCUCGUCGCAACGUUCCGGCGGCCGCUCGGCCGCCGGCCGAGGGAGAGGCGCGAAGGCGGCCAAGAAGCUCGAGCCGAUUGAAGAGGACACUGCUCACCAUGGCGCUGAGCAACAACAAGCAACGGCAGCAGGUUCUCAGCGUGAAGCGGUGGUGGCACCUGUGACCAGCACACAAGAUGAAGAGCGGCGCCAAUCUGGUGCCGCCGCCUCGGCGCGAGAUGACCACGCCACGUCACCUCUUCUACGCACAACAACAACCACCACGCGGCGAGGACAAUCCGCAACAACAACUACUACUACAUUAACAACAGCAGCAGCUCCCUCUGGACCAGCUGCGAGCGGCUCGCAACAGCCGGCCCCGCCGAAGGCCCAGCCCGUCCACUUGGGCGACAGCGAUGAGGACAGUGAUGACGAGGACAUCCUAGGGCCCAACCUGAUGGGCCAGCUGGCGUCGUCCCUGCGGGCCGCACUUCAAGCGCGGGCGGGCACGCGGGAAGACUCUCCUGCUCCGGAGGCCGCGCGGGGCGGUGGCGGCAGCGGCAGCGGUCCGGACGCGAAGCUGGGCCUGGAGUGCGACCCCGCCGCCAUCCGGUGGCAGCCGGAGGUCAAGCCCGGCGCCGAGCUGGUGAAGGGGCUGCAGCGGGUGGCUCCUGGCGUGGGUGCGGAGAAGGAGAAGGGCUUGGCAAAAAAGGUGCUGGCGCCGCCGCGGACAGGCAAGACCAGCGAGGCUGCCGCUACGUCCGCCGCCGCCGCGCCCCAGCCCUGGUACAAGCUGCCGGAGACCAAGAUCACGGACGAGGUGAAGACGGAGCUGCGGCUGCUGCGGCUGAGGGGAGCUUACGACCCUAAGCGCUUCUACAAGAGCUUCGACGAGACCAAGUUCCCCAAGCACUUCCAGAUCGGCACGGUCAUGGACAACCCCACGGAGUUCUACAGCAGCCGCCUGACGGCGCGCGAGCGCGGCGCCAGCAUCACGCAGGAGCUGCUUGCCGACCCAGCGGUAGAGGCAGCGCGCAAGAAGCGCUACAACAAGCUGCAAGCGGAGGCGCACAAGUACCAGAAGGUCAAGAAGCGCAAGACAGACCUGAAGCGCGACACGCCCAAGCCCAAGCGCCCCAAGCACUGAGCUUGACGUGCUUCUGCUGGGUCGCUUGCUGAGCUGCGUGCGUCAGGCGGUUGUGGGACGCGGAUUUAGGCGCAGGUGUAGAUUACGGUAGGAGUGCUCGAGGCAAAUUCAUCGUGGCUAGUUUAGAUAGGCAUUAGGUUAGGCCGCCGCAUUGGUUCUCGGCUGACCAGCAUUGACACUAUGAAGGGCGAACAGCAACGCCGUCGGACACCAUUGGGCACAUGUGCUGCCAACACUCAAGGCGUGAAGAGUUUACUAUAUUGUGCGCCCGACGUGGCUCCACAGUACUCUCUGUAAGACUAAGGCAAGG